AUGGUCAGCCGCAAAGAGCUAGCCCGCGCCGAUGCGGAGCGCGCCGCGCCGGCGUGGCUGCGUCUGCUGUUGGUGGCGACGUUCUUCGAGGCCCGGAAGUCAUCGGGCCACUGCGUGGUGAAGGUGACGAACGUGGCGCACCUGCUGGACCUAUCGCUGGUUCAGACUUAUUUGAUCAAUGGCGACAAGGCGGUGUUCCUCAACCCGCGGCCCAUGUCGGAGCAGGGUAAGCCCGGCUACCAGAAGUGUCACCGGGGACUCCAAGAUGCCGCCUGCCUCUUCUGCUCGCUCAAAUGCAAGCUUGAAGGAAUCGAUGGGGAUUUCAGCGAGCCAUUCGCUGUCCAUCCGAAAAGCGACAGCGAAUCAGGAGAAGAGUCGGAGUCAGAUGACGAUGAUUCAUCCCGGCUGACCAAGUUUCGGAAGCUCGAGAACCAUAUCAGGGUCUGGGCAGGUUGCUGCUAG